CCCGAGUGUGGGGAUAUGGACAGUUUGUGCCGCGUAGUCCUGGCCGUGCUUAGCCUGUGGCCCAACCGAGCUGGGGCCUCAGCACCCCCCGUGCCCCCCGGGUCUCCCCGCGGCGCCCCCGUCCCGGGCCCAGGGGAGUCCCGAGCUGAGCUGGACAGCGCCGUGCUCCUCACCCGGGGGCUCCUGAGAGAAACCCGGCAGCUAGCCGCUCAGCUGAAAGCCAAGUUCCCAGCAGAGGGAGAUCACAGCUUGGACUCCUUGCCCACCCCUGGGAUGAGCUUUGGGGCCAUGGGGGCCCUGCAGCUCCCCAGUGUGCUGACCCGCCUGCGGACCGACCUCCUCUGCUACCUUUGGCACGUCCACUGGCUCCGCCGAGCGGGGGGCCCAGCCCUUCGGAGCCUGGACCCGGAGCUGGGGGCCUUGCAAGUGCGGCUGGACCGACUGCUCAAGAGACUGCAAAUCUUGAUGGCUCGUUUCUCCCUGCCUAAACCUCCACCGGAGGCCCCAAACCCGCCUCUGGCCCCACCAGGCUCAGCCUGGGGGGGGAUCCAGGCAGCCCACGCUGUGCUGGGGGGGUUACAUCUCACCCUGGACUGGGCCGUGAGGGGCCUGCUGCUGCUGAAAGCUCGGCUCUGACCUCCCCCAAGGGGAGAGAAGUUCGGGCUCCGGUGUGGGGCCGAGCCCUUGGCCCGCCUCCCUUAAUACCCUUUUUAAUUUAUUUAUUUAUUGGGGGCUCAGAGAGCUGGGCCCGUGUGCUCUGGGCCCCCUCAGAGUAGUCCCCACCUCCCGCUGCCCCUUCCACCCCCGCCCCAACAGGACCUUGGACAGCAAUGCUUUCUAUUUAUAGCUAUUUAUUGGGGGGAGCUGCUGGUCUGGAUGCUGGGGCCCUCGACGGGCCCCCGAAGGGGGGGGCUCGGUGGCUGAGGGGACCCGGCCUCCCCUCCCUGCUCCCCUGUUGUCGCCCACCUCUAAGUUAUUGAAAUGGCCGCUCCUCCAGCCCCAGCCCUGACUCUGGGCCCUAUUUAUUGUAGUUCUCUCUCCUUGUGUUUUGUACGAAAGAAAUGUAAGAGAUAAAGUUGGAUCAAUAAAAACGUAUCUUCUCUCCAA